UCGAUUCAGGGACUUGAAAUGGAGGAACGUCCCUUUGUUAAUUCUACAGAACCACAGCAGGUGGAGGAUGGAGGUGAAAGUCCGAGGUACACUAUUGAUGAAGCUCUUGUAUCCAUGGGUUUUGGGAAUUACCAAAUUCUUGUGCUUGUUUAUGCUGGAAUGGGAUGGGUUUCAGAAGCUAUGGAAAUGAUGUUACUCUCCUUUGUUGGACCUGCAGUUCAGUCUGCGUGGAGCCUUUCUCCCCGUGAAGAGUCUUUGAUUACCAGUGUGGUUUUUGCAGGCAUGUUAGUUGGGGCCUAUUCAUGGGGCAUAGUUUCUGAUAUAUACGGACGAAGGAAAGGUUUCUUCAUUACAGCAACAAUCACUUCUAUCGCUGGAUUUCUAAGUGUUUUUGCCCCAAAUUAUAUAUCUUUGUUAAUUCUUCGCUGUCUAGUUGGCGUUGGGUUGGGAGGUGGCCCUGUACUUGCAUCCUGGUUCUUGGAAUUCAUUCCUGCUCCUGAAAGAGGCACUUGGAUGGUUAUUUUUUCAGCAUUCUGGACCAUUGGAACAAUCCUUGAAGCUUCAUUGGCAUGGUCACCUUUAUGUAUACCCUCUUACUUGCAGAUGGUCAUGCCAAAAUUGGGUUGGAGGUGGCUCCUCGCACUUUCUUCUUUUCCUUCAUUUCUCCUACUACUCUUCUACCAAUUUACUCCAGAGUCCCCACGAUAUCUCAUUUUACAAGGUAGAACAAGUGAUGCAGCUAUUAUUUUAGAGAAAAUAGCACGACGUAAUAGAACAAAUCUCCCUCCUGGUGUUCUUGUUUCUAGUGACACAUGUGAUUUUGAGAAGCAACGUAUUCCCCUGGAAGAUGCACAUUUGCUUUCACCAACACAAACGAAAGUUGAAACUUCUCAAGCAACAAAAUUUAAUAUGGUGGGUCUCUCUCCAUUGUUAAAGCUUCUUUCUCGAGAACUGAUUGUGUCUACAUUGCUCCUCUGGGUGGUUUUCUUUGGCAAUGCCUUCUCUUACUAUGGCCUCGUGUUGCUGACCUCUGAGUUGACUGGGACAAGUAGCUGUACGUCUACUGAUUUACAUCUAAAAGAACAUGAAGAUUUCCACUUCAGAUAUGUCUUUAUCUCUAGUUUUGCAGAGUUACCUGGUCUCGCAUUAGCAGCUGUCAUGGUUGACAAAAUCGGGCGUAAGCUAUCGAUGUCUUCACUGUUCUUCCUGGGCGCCACAUUUCUAUUUCCUCUAGCGUUUUAUAGGAUUGAUGGAUUGACAACGAGCCUUUUGUUUGGAGCUCGCAUAUGUAUCACAUCUACAUUCACAGUUGUCUGUAUAUAUGCUCCUGAGAUAUAUCCGACCUCAAUCCGAACAACUGGUUUUGGGGUUGCUAGCUCUAUUGGAAGAAUAGGGGGAAUGUUAUGCCCUCUUGUGGCAGUAGCUUUGGUUAAAGGAUGCCAUCAAACAGCGGCCAUUGUUUUGUUUGAGAUUGUAUUUUUUGUGUCCGGGAUAUGUGUUGUGUUCUUCCCAUUUGAAACCAAGGGACAAGAUCUUCCUGAAACAAUGUAGCUGGAAAGCUCAGAAAUCAUACUGAUCACAUAGUUCUAAUAGGACUCGAUCUCGCCCCCCAUUACCUUUGUUCAUUAUCUGCUGCUAUAGAUGUCGUUGAAGAGACCGUAUCCUUCAGUAUCGACUCCGUGCUCGUCGUGCACAUGUAUAAUACAAGGUGUACCAUAUUUGUAUUCUCAAACUCUUGGAUGGAUAAAAUGUAGGAUGUCACUACAAUAAGCAUACUUCAUCUAUGAGUAUUUAUGCUCCGAUCAAAUUCAUGAAGUUUAGACACU